AUGUACAUUUCAUCUACCCUCGUCGCGCUUCUCGUUGCGUCCGCUGUCGCCGCCGCCCCAUUCUCAGAACGUCGAGAUCAGCUUUUCAACGUCAACGCACGCGCCUCAAAAGUCGGCAAAAUUGCAAAGGGGGCAUCCAGCAAGAGCGCCUCUAAAGUCAGCCUCAGCGGGAUACUUGACUCCCUCGGCAAUGGCCUCAACAAUGUCGAGCAAGGUAUCAACCUAUUCAACGGGUUCAGCGCGGUGUUGGACCAGCUCCCUACACCAGCUGCCACGGCUCCAGCUCUCUCGACUCCUGCUGCCACUAUGGAUCCUACCAAUUCCACAGCCCAGAAUACGACUGGCAACUCCUCCGGGAACACACCGUCGAAGCGAUUCGCUCUGCCAUUUGGCUCAGGCUUGUGCCAAAUAUUCCCGGAAGGGACGGUGUUUUCCCCUGAGGAGCAAACAAGGUUCGAGAAGGAAUGUGUUCCUCAUAGCACAGUGGUUACUUCCACCAGCGCGCCAGCUGUCACGACACCAUCAGCACCAGCCCCUACCUCUCCUAGCCUGGUCGAUGGACCCGAACGCAGGUCUUCCAAAGAUGGUACCACUACCAACGGGCUAGAUCCUGCCGCCCUCGCUGCGCUGCAUAAACUUGUUACGAGAGUUCUUGACGAGCUUGAUUGA